AGUCAAUAUACUUAAUCAAAUUAUCAAAAUGUUUGGGGCUAGCCAUUUGGGAGGGGGGCUAAAGCCCGUUAGCCACCCCUUUGAGUAUAAUUAUGAACUCUGUUAUCUAAUGUUCUAUCAAUAAGACGUCCAUUUUGUCAACUAGCAGUCUUAUAUUAAUUACCCAUUAGAGAGUACGCUGGACUUGACAAUUUCGAGGAAAGCUAUAGAACUUGACUAACCUAUUACCGUUAUGAUCGUGAUAAUUCAAUUAUAUUAUAUUAUGAUGAUUCAGCGUGACUGAAAUGUUUUUUUCUAGUUUAGUAGUAGUUUCUAGUCGUACUCUAUAAUGGGUAAUUAAUAUAAGACUGCUAGUUGACAAAAUGGACGUCUUAUUGAUAGAACAUUAGAUAACAGAGUUCAUAAUUAUAAUUUAUAAACACACGGAAAUCAAUACAGAUUUCUGAAAAAAAUUAUUUUUAGGCCCUCAUGUUCACCCCCCCCCCACCCCACCAACAACUAAACGCCAUACCUGCUAUAACCUCGUGAGCACUAAUUUAUUUACUCUUAAUAAACAUUUGUUAAUAGUUUAUAUAUUCAUAAUAUACGAUCAUAAAUUAUUGGAACGAUACCCUACGGGAUUCACAAAUCACAACACAACAGAUAUGACCAUUUUACUGUUUCACAUUCUAUAAAUUUGAAUUUUAUGGUAAGAUUCGCAUAUUGUUAUAAGUACAUUCACAACGAAUAAGUCGUGAGAAAUUGUUCAAUUAGUUUUUGUGCCGUACAAAAUUCAAACGUGAACAAAUUUAACCGGUUAUGAUAAACAGAAAAGAUCUUAAGUAAUUGAUUAUUAUCGUUGUUGCUUCAAUUUGGACGGACUGGAACCCUAUAGGCUAUAUACCAUAUCCACAUAAUGUAUAGCGACACAGCGCCGACGCAUCGAACGUCACGCUCAAGUUCACGUAUAUAUGCGAACUCUGAGUUGAUUGGAGUACGACCCACCUAAAGGUUUUUUUUAUAAAUACGAGUACUGAGUGUGCACUUAUUUUAAUGUCGCAGUUAGAACAGCAUACUACAUAUUAUAUCUGCUGUAUUGUUUAGCCUUUUAUCGUUUUGACCGCCGAGUGUUCGUUUUUUAUGACUUCAGAUUUACGUUUACGUGUACUAUAUUUCACAGCGAUUAAAAACGGAGGGUAAUUUAAAAUAAUAUAAGUAAGUAGUUUUAAUAAAAUAUAUUUUUUAAUGCACAUCAUAUAAAUAAUAUAAAAAAGGUACUACAAACGCAGUAUUAUUUUCCGUUUCGGCGUAUUUUCGUAUAAUAUAAUAGAAAAUAUAUACAUCAUAAAUCAUGGGUUUUAUAGACAAAUCGGUCUCGUUUUCUAUUGUGCUUUUGAUCAACUGCAUACUGUCUGUAAAGUCUGACAACUGUCAACCUCUCAUCGAUUUGAUCACCACCAACAAAUUGUACAUUCUAAACGCAUCGGAAAUAGUAGUGUUUUUCCCAAUCGAUUUCAAAUUCACACAGCCAGAUUUUAGUGCCGUUUGCUCGAGCGGUAACUGCAUUACGACAAACGAAGUAUCGUACAAGAACAUACAACUGACAUCGCUUUCUCAUACAGAUUUGGAAAUUUGUGAUGAAAUCAUGCACCAAAAAAAAUACCUUUAUGACUUACUCGAUAGUGUACGGUCAUUAUUUCAAAAUCUCAAAUCCGGGUUGUGAACGAACAAAAAUGCUUUUCAGAGCGAAUGUAGCGAUUAUAAAAGG